AUGGUCGUGAAUCAUUAUCCCCCGACUCAAUGCGCCGCUUAUGUCCAAAAGACACCUCUUGUCCAGCGUUGCACGUGUGAAGCUCAGCUUUGCGAUCACGCCGUUGCCGAUAACCCGUAUCGUAUUGCGGAGCCGUGGAAUGUGUUGGACAAUUUCCCGGGAAAUAAUGAAGCUUCUCAUAGUGUCGACGCGAUCGGCCUUUCCAACGACGUCGUCAACAGUACACUUACACCGUUCGUCAAUUCCUAUACCGACCCCUUUUCUCACGACGCGAACCUCACCCCGAUCACUGCCCCGCCUACUUUCUCCCCCAGUCCCCGUCAUGCGUUUAGCCCUUACAAUGCGGGCAAUAUCCCAGUCGUCCCAUACAUGACCUCUCCUUUGGCCAGUCACACCCCAUCCGGUAUUCAAUCGGAUGUCGCCCAGGUCCAAGGUUAUAGCCCAGACCAUUACUUCAUUCAAUACCCAGGCCAUUCCAUGGACAAUCCCUAUGCUCAUCAGCCAGAGGGUGGUGCGACAGGCGAGAGUUUCGAGUAUCAGUAUUAUUCGCCAAAUGCGAUGUACGGUGCGACGCCUGAUGCUAGAUCGGGCCCGGACACUUAA